CGUACCAUAGCAAUCAGCCCAGCGCGAAAAGGUCCGCCAUUCUUGAGUAGUUGGUACAUCGAAGAGAUUGCCAAUGACCGGAAGUCCUUUGGGACCGGGUAGAUAAUGGCGCGGUCUGACAUUACUGACCAGGAUCCGGCGGACAAUCAAGAGAGUUAAGAAGACAGCUGCGACAUCGAGGACAAGGUAUUGGCUCGACAUGGUGUUCUGGAACUUGAAACCAGGCCAAGAAGGACCGAGAAGACAGUGACAAACUAAACGCUAAUAUAUGGAGCUCUCCAUUGGAGGUUGCGGUGUCACAAUGUGUUAACGUUCUAUGGUGCCAUAGGCAGACGGCUCCAUCGUAUGAUUGAGGGAGGACCGAGUCGUGAUUAUGCGGGUGUGAUGGCGAGAAAUCCACCUAUGUGCUGUACAAGGUGGCGUGUAUCCGAGAAUUGUAGUGGCACGUGUGCCGCCUUACCUUGGCUCGGCACCAACGGACAGGACCGUGGGCGCAGCAAGGGCGAUCCGCAGCUCAUUCUAGACUAUGAGCCAGACGUGGCUCUCGAUACAACGUGCCUGCGGUAUUCAGCUCUUAGCUACCACAUCAAGACACCGCAGUAUCAGUCUCUGGAAUGCACCUGAGGCAUUUGGCUACGCUCCAACUGUAAGAGGGGGGCGUCUGCAGCCGGGCUUGGUUCAUCGAAACACUCUGCGCCGCAGAUCAUAGCAAGUGUGCACAACUACUGUGCCCCUGUCAAAAAGGCAGGCACAGACACGUAAAAUGCUUUCUAUUCACAUCUGCAGUAUAUAGCUAAGACUCAAAUCCAUACGUCCAAGACAACUGACACUCACGGACGUAGGAAGACGAACUUUUCCCUAUGGCUGACACAACGAACGAGCACGCGCUCCUUCUCCCGGAGGGGCGCACCAUCGCAUACUCCACCGCAGGCGACGCGUCCAGUACCGACGUCGUUAUCUUCUUCCACGGCGUCUUCGGCGUCGGGGCAGCCCCAGCCUUACUUCCACUGGCGCUGGUCGAGAGAAAGGUGCACUAUGUCGCCCCUACACUUCCCGGCUGGGGUAACACUUCGCCCACGGCCUCUGACGUACCCUUUCACGAGCAGCUGUACAAAGACACCUCGGCGUUGAUCCAGCACCUUCAUCCUCAUGCUGAGGACCUGCGGUUGUACAUCAGCGGAGGCUCCUUCGGCAGCGUCGCGGCACAGAUCCUGUACGGUGCAACGUACGAGAAGUUCCCGCUUGGUCGCCGCAUUCAAGGCAUGCUCUUGCUUGCUCCCUUCACCCCAUGCAGGGUGCACAAGGAGUAUGCCAGCUGCCUUUCCUGGCAAAGCUGGUUCGCGAUUGGACCACCUUCUCGCAUCGUGCCCGGCAACCUCAUUAUGCGUAUCGCCUCUUCCUUCAUGAAGCGCAAGUUGGACACACCUGAGCACGCAGAAGAGUUCAUGCGAGCAUUCGUCUUCAAGAACAUGACGGAUCCGGAGCGCGAGUUAUACGAGAAGUGGAAGGUUGAGAAGGGGAUAAAGGACGGAGAGGAGGUGAAGCAGCUAGCGGACGGGGUAUACCGCAGCGUUCAGAGGAGUUGGGAGGGUUUCAAGGCCGUUCCAGACAUCUUUCACUCGGACUGGGGAGGCUAUUCUCCGGCUGCGUUGGGCGACGAAAACUCCAAGCCGGUGGUUCUCUUCCUGACCAAGGAGGACAAGGAGACGAAGAAGAUGGGCGAGUGGUUGGCAAGUAAUCUGAAGAAUUCCAAGGUGCGAUAUGGCGAAGGGGGUCAUAUUGGGUCUUUGUUCGUUAUGGACGAUAUCUGGGCAGAUUUCAUGUCUCAGUUUCUUUGCAAUUAAGUGUGCAUGCUGGAGCGGCUAGACUGUCCGCAAAGCGUCUAUUACAUUUCUGG